AUGACGGAUUCUGUUGUCGUGGAAGGAUACGCCAGACUCAGAGAUGGAAAAAAGUGGAAAACUAGGUGGCUCGUCCUUCGCAAGCCGUCGCCUGUAGCAGACUGCCUAGUGCUGCUGGUUUUUAAAGACAAGUCCGACAAAGCCCAGGGCAACAAGGAAAGGGCCAGUGUCACCUUGGAGGAGAUUUGCGGCCUGGAAACAGGACAGUGGUAUGAGGGUGUGGCUUUUACUCUGGCCAUCCUCUGCCUGAACCAGACUGCUCUACUGGGCUUCGACAGCAAGGAGACCCUGCAGGCGUGGGAUGCCCGCCUGAGAUACAGCCUCGGAGAAGUUCACAGAUUUAGUGUUGGAAUCUUACCAGGGACCAAGUUGGAGAUUGGACCUGCCACUCUUCAUUUGUGCAACAACUUACUGGCUCUUGCCCGCGAUGUCCCCCCUGUUAUCAUUGGCCACUGGAACCUUCCAGACCUGCGCAGAUAUGGACCUGUACCAAACGGCUUUGUGUUUGAGGGAGGAACAAGAUGUGGUUACUGGGCUGGUGUUUUUCUGCUUGCAUCUGCUGAGAGCGAGCAGAUCAGCUUUCUGUUCGACUGUAUCGUCAGAGGCAUCUCCCCCACCAGAGGCCCUUUUGGACUGCGGCCAGUUUUGCCAGAUCCGAGUGCCAGUCAGGCUAAUACGGAGGAGAGAUUGAACCACGAAGCACAGGAGCUGGAGAAACGACUGAGCAUGCUCUCUCACAGGAGCAGCACAGUCUCAUCCACCUACUGCCCGUCUGCUGGGGGAGAUGACCGCAGCAUAUCCGGUUCCUCCGACGCCUCUGACACCAGCCAAUCAGACUGCAGUAUUGGCAGCCGGCUAGUCAUUUGGACUGAACCGGCCUCAACCCCAUCUGAAAACCUCAGCCACGUGGGCGCUAAAGUGGCACUACAGAGCGUGGAGAAGCUCUCCAUCAACCAGGGAGGCGGAAACCGGCCCUUAGCCAAGGCGCCCCGGCAGCUACAGGAAAUCGGCCGUCAGAGCUCAUCCGACAGCGGCAUUGCCACCGCCAGCCAUUCCUCUUACUCUGGAAGUUUCUCCUCCUACACAGGCAGCCUGGAUAUUACCCCCGGAGAGGAAUUUGGGUCUGUUUUCAGCUUGCCCCCACACUUGGCUCAAGAAUUGAGCCCUUGUACUUGCACCUCUGUUCCAGGACAUGAAUACCAGGUGCCGACAUCAGUUAGAUAUCUGUAUGACACUCCCAAGAGUCUGUUACAGGAGGGAAGUGGGGGUGCCAAAGACAAUGAACCCUCCACAUUAACUAAGACCACCCCUGCUCCUUCAGAGUCUUUGAAGGGGGAUAAAAGCAGUGCCAUGACUUGUGAGGGUCACUUAGAAACUCAUGUUAGACAGUCUAUGAGUGAACACUUACAAGGCCCCUCUGAGGAGAGCAAGAAAACCAAGGUGGCGCCCUCUAGUGACAGUCAACAUCCUGACUCCUGUCACAUCUGGAGCUCUCUCACAUCCGUCUCCAAAACAAUCGUGGCCAUUUGUUCAGUGUGUGGUGGAUUUAAGAACAUCAUAUUUUCAACUCCAGCAGAUCAAAGUGUUGACAAAUCACCAUGCAGAACCAUCACUGGCAGUGAAUACAAUAUUGCAGUAAAGACAAUUCUGGAGAAAUCCUGGGGCUCUGAGAAGCAAACGCUGAAGAACAGUGAGGAAUCACUGUUGCCAAAAAAAGGAAGAGAGAAAUUAGCCAGUCUCUUAGCUGAUCUGCUCGGCUAUCCAAGAGUGGGUAGAGAGCCAGAGGCAAAGUCUAACUCACUGAACUUGUAUGAGUCAAUGAGCCCUGCAUUUGGAAAUGAGCUCAAAUCGGCACCAACUGCCACACGAUUACAAGAUUCCCAGCAAGACAAAAGAGCUGUCAUUUAUGAAAACUGUUUAAAGUGUAUAAGAGAGCACUGUCACCCUCCUCCACGGGUCCUACCUGUUGAAAUGUACCGCAACAGAAACAUUUCCACCAUACAAACCUUUCUAACUGGGCUGCACCCGAAGACAAGUCAACAACAUGAAGGCGCUGCUAAUGAGGAGCUGCGAUAUCAAGCUCACGGUCAUGGAUCACAGAGCGUGGACGGGCCGUGUCAGUAUGAGGAGAUGAAUGGUCAGACAGUGACCAGUGAAGACAAAAGGCUUAAUAGUAAAGAGGAAAGACGCAGAGUUGAUCCUGCUUAUGAGAUCAUGGAGAGUCGGGCACCGGAGAGAAACGCAGAGGCAGAAGAGAAAAGCAAGUAUGAGCUAAUGGUCAACUGUGGUCAGCAGAGGUUCCUUCAAGAGACUGAAGGAGCAGUGUUCGUUUUCCCCCCGGAGGCACCUACACUUCCUGAAAGGCCUCGCGGCGACGGUGUGACAUACGUAAAUAUUCCUGUUAGUCCCACAUCCAAGAAGCAGCUCAACUACAUGGAGCUGGAGCUGCAGGAGCCAGGCACACGAGGGACUAGCUCUACUAAAUACGCCCAGAUUGACAUCACUGCCACAGAAACGGCCCACAAAGUCGGUACACAGCAUGCGCUGGGUCGGCAGGAGGGUCUCCACACUCUGGAGCAGAGAAGAAAGGGGACGCCGCAUUGA